CACCCGCACACGGACGCUCAGAGCCACCUCCUCUUCCCGGGCAUCCACGACCAGCACGGCCCCCACGCCUCCCAAAACGUCCUCAACGGGCAGAUGCGCCUGGGCUUGCCGGGGGAGGUGUUCGCCCGGUCGGAUCAGUACCGGCAGGUCUCCAGCCCCAGGACUGACCCUUCCUCGGCGGCUCAGCUGCACAACCAGUACGGCCCCAUGAAUAUGAAUAUGGGCAUGAACAUGGCAGCCCACCACCACCACCACCACCCAGGUGCCUUUUUCCGCUACAUGCGGCAGCAGUGCAUCAAGCAAGAGCUCAUCUGCAAGUGGAUCGACCCCGAGCAGCUGAACAACCCCAAAAAAAGUUGCAAUAAAACUUUCAGCACCAUGCACGAGUUGGUCACCCACGUCUCGGUGGAGCACGUUGGGGGACCCGAGCAGAGCAACCAUGUCUGCUACUGGGAGGAGUGUCCCCGGGAAGGCAAGCCCUUCAAAGCGAAAUACAAACUGGUCAAUCAUAUCCGAGUGCACACGGGAGAGAAGCCCUUCCCCUGCCCCUUCCCUGGCUGCGGAAAAGUUUUCGCCAGAUCAGAAAACCUCAAAAUUCACAAAAGGACGCACACAGGGGAGAAGCCCUUCCAGUGCGAGUUUGAAGGCUGCGACCGGCGCUUCGCCAACAGCAGCGACCGCAAGAAGCACAUGCACGUCCACACCUCGGACAAGCCCUACCUGUGCAAGAUGUGCGACAAGUCCUACACCCACCCCAGCUCCCUGCGGAAGCACAUGAAGGUACCCGGUUUAAGUGGUUUCAUCAUUUCUUGUGAUAUGUUUUGA